CUCUUCUACUCGUUCUUUAAGACGCUGGUCGGCAAGGAAGUGGCCGUAGAGCUCAAGAACGACGUCGCGCUCAUGGGUGUGCUCGACUCUGUGGAUCAGUAUCUCAACAUCAAGCUCCUCAACGUGUCGGUCGUGGAAGGCGACAAGUUUCCGCAGCUGAUGAACAUGAAGAACUGCUUUAUCCGCGGAAGCUCCAUCCGCUACGUUCAGAUCCCGGCGGGAGAAGUGGACACAGAGCUUCUACAAGACGCGGCACGUCGUGAGGCCACCGCCAACAAACAGAGCUAG